GAUGAUUAACUUCAUACUGGUCAUAUUCUUGAUGCUGAAAUCAAGUUGUAUCAUGUCAUCGGAUAUUCCAAAUGAAGAUCAGCGGUCCUCACUYAUCAUCACAAGCGAUGACCACAAGCUUGUUGGCCAAACCAUCCACAAAAGGAAAGCUACUGAUGUCUUUGAUUGUGCUCUCUGCCUGAUUGGUGACCAGUGCAAGUCGUUUAACUUCAAUGAAGCGACUGGAGAUUGUUAUUUGAACGGAAGAAGRGCAAAAGAUAWGGAGCUUGUGCAAGAGCAUGGUUUCAUCUAUGGAGAGAAGAAUCCCUGUGAAAGAAAGCCGUGUCAAAAUGGCGGCGAAUGUUGCAUUCGAGACGACAGACAAGGCUAUCAAUGCAAGUGUAGGACCGGAUUCACUGGAAAGAAUUGUGGUGCCAAGAAGUGCGAUGGCCUCAUACCAAUUGGAAUGGAAAGCGGAAAGAUUUCUGACUCAAGCAUUACCGUCUCUUCUUAUUCAUCAUUUCUUUGUGAUCCCAUUGCAUGCCAUCCAAAUAAAGGAAGAAUCAACAGUGACGCUGCCUGGGCUACAAAAAUUUCGAAAGUUGGUGAAUAUCUGCAGGUCGAACUUGGUAUUAAUACCACGAUGACCGGUAUUGGAACCCAAGGUUAUUAUCACGAUCAGUAUUCUGACUUAUAUGUCACAAGCUAUAAAGUACAAUACGACACCAAAGUUAUUACCCCAGCAUCUCCCUUUGCUGAAGCAGGCAAGAAUUUUACGGGCAACAUUGAUAGUAGCAGUAUUGUAAAGCACACUUUCAAUCCAUCUUUUGUUGCCAGAUAUGUCCGGGUUCUCCCCCAAACAUGGCAUACUGGUAUUGCACUUAGGAUAGAACUGUACGCCGGCUGCUAAGUAAACCAUUGAUCAAUGGCUUGUUCCAGUGUCAAACUUGUCUUUAGCUUGUAUGCUUUCAUUUAUU